AGGCUGGCUGACAGGACUGAUAUAUUUCUUGAAUGAGCAGCAUGCAGUUGCAACUGGUGAUAUAGAGGAAAUUUUCUGUCGGUUGCCCUUACCUCAUUUUGAGGAAGAGUUCAAGAUUGACAAGACGUGGAGAGAUUUAAUGGAGCAUAAAGUGGAGCCACCUCCAUAUGUGCAUAUUAGGCGCAAUGUUUACCUAGUGAAGAGGAAACGAGAUACUGCUGAUGAUGAUGUUGGAUGCACAAGCUGUGGUUCCAUCUGUUCUGAGAAUUGUGUGUGCAGGGUUCAAUGCAUCAGCUGCUCAAAGGCAUGCCGAUGCUCAGACUCUUGCAGCAACAGGCCUUUCCGCAAGGAGAAAAAAAUCAAAAUUGUAAAGACUGAGCUAUGUGGUUGGGGUGUAGAGGCAGCAGAACCUAUUAACAAGGGAGAAUUCAUAGUUGAAUACAUUGGUGAAGUUAUUGAUGAUGCUCUCUGUACACAAAGGCUUUGGGACAUGAAAUACCUUGGUGUGAACAACUUUUACAUGUGUGAAAUUCGAAAAGAUUUCACAAUUGAUGCUACUUUCAAGGGGAAUUUAUCUCGUUUUCUGAAUCAUAGUUGUGAUCCAAACUGUGUUAUGGAGAAGUGGCAAGUUGAGGGGGAGACUCGUGUGGGUGUGUUUGCUGCUCGAUCAAUAGAUGUUGGAGAGCCUCUUACAUAUGAUUACAGAUUUGUGCAAUUUGGACCAGAGGUAAAGUGCCAUUGUGGCGCUUCAAACUGUCAAGGCUAUCUUGGCACCAAGAGAAAGAUUGCUACACUGGAUUUCUGCUGGGGUUCAAAACGUAGGAGAUCUUCGACUGCUUGCUUAGCCAUUAUAGCGCUCUGAUCUGUAUUCUUUUUUUUAAGGUCUUCAUUUCUGUUGUAUAUCAAUCUUAACUUGGCAUAUGAACAACAAAAAAGAAGAAAAAGGAAAGGGGAAAAAAAAAAAAAAAACUAUCAUGCUUCAAAAUUCACGAAACGAGAAACAAAGAAGAAAAUGCAAAUUUGCAUAGGCAUUGUAAAACUCAUGUAACUGAGUUCCCCAUGUUGGGUUGCUCAAUUGUAUUUUGAUGACAAUAAACUUUGAAGUGUUGC